CUUACGCUGACUGCCAGGAACCUCGGGGUGACACUCGACAGUCAACUCUCGCUGACUGCCGACAUCACUGCGACAACACGUUCCUGUAGGUCUACCUGCUAAGGCCAUCCGACCUCUGCAGCUCAUCCAGAAUGCAGCAGCUCGACUGGUCUUCAGCCUCCCGAAAGUCACCCACACCACUCCGCUCCUCCGCUCCCUCCACUGGUUACCGGUGGCUGCCCGCAUCCGCUUCAAAACAUUGGUUCUUGCGUACCGUGUUGCAAACGGAUCGGGCCGCGUCUACAUCCGGGAUAUGGUCAAGCCGUACACCCCAGCAUGUUCACUCUGCUCGGCAACAGCCAACCGACUUGUGACACCGUCCCUUCUAGCUAAUCACUCGACAAAAUCCAGACUGUUUGCUGUUCUGGCUCCUCGGUGGUGGAACGAGCUCCCCACUGACAUCAGGACAGCAGAAAGUCUCUACAUCUUCUGUUGGCAAUUGAAAAAAAACAUCUUUCCGACUAUAUCUGGAAUAAAAACAGAUUAGCACUUCAGUGGCACUUGAUUGGCACUUACUUAUGGUACUUUUGUAGUUUGACUUGAUUGAAGAAAUGUUACGUUCUGGAUUCUUGUUGUUCUGAGUUUGUACACAUGGUUGAAUGCACUUAUUGUAAGUCGCUUUGGAUAAAAGCGUCUGCAAAAUGACAUGUAAUGUAAUGUAAUCCUUUUUCGUGGAGGGCAGACAAUUUAAAUGCAUCAGUGUGGCGAAAAAAGACGUGACUUCCAAAUUCUAAAUCAGACUGAUAAAAGGUUGUCUUUAAAAGUAUUAAAACACAUUUUUGUGUCAAAUGUAAUGUUAGCUAAUACCAUUUGAAUACGGUUGACCUCAAGAGGGAACACAGCAUGCCUCGAAGACAUUUCUUUUGUUCAUUGAUUUGAAUCUUGUUCCCUCUUGUCAGUUUGCCAGAAGGUGAUGGCAAUGAAAUAAUUUGAUUAUAAUCAAUAUUCCUCUAUCCUGUCAUCAACAUUUUUUUGUCAAGCAGACCUGCGUGUUGUCUGUGUGUCUGUGUGUGUGUCUAUGUGUUUGUGUGUUCUCAUAUGUUUUUGUUCCCUUAUCAGCGACGUGGAUUGGAGGUGGCUUCAUUGUUGGAACAUCAGAAAUGGUGUACGACCCCUCUAUGGGCCUUGUCUGGGUUUCCAGCUAUAUUUUAGGAGAAGUACUAAGUUUGAUUAUUGGUGGUCUGUUCUUUGCUGGGCCAAUGAGAGAAAGAAGAUAUUUGACCAUGAUGGAUCCUUUCCACAUCAAGUAUGGAAAAGUACCAAUGACUCUUUUUGCUGUGGCCACACUGGUGACGGACAUUUUGUGGGUGACAUCAACGCUGGUUAGUUUAGGUUCAACCAUGAGUGUGAUUUUGGAUUUACCAUUCACCAUAUGCAUCUGGAUCUCUGCAGUGGUGGCUAUCAUCUACACGCUAAUGGGGGGUCUCUACUCUGUGGCCUACACAGAUGUCAUACAGCUUAUUCUUAUGUUCAUCAGCUUGUGGUUCUGUGUCCCCUUUGUCCUGAUGAGCCCCUCCUCCAUCGAUAUCACUCAGACGGCCCUGAACAAUACUUUUCAGGCACCCUGGCUGGGUAAACUAGAAGCAGACAAAGCUUGGAGAUGGAUCGACAUUGUAUGUGUUAUGGCUCUGGGUUGCCUGGGCUAUCAGGAGUUCCAUCAGAGAACGUUGUCUGCUAAUUCCUCAGCAACGGCUCAAAUCAACUGUUUUGCUGCUGCUGCAGUUCUUCUUAUUUUUGCAAUUCCCCCUGUCCUGAUUGGUGCAACGGCCGCAUCAACUGACUGGAAUCUGACUUCUUAUGGUUCUCCAUCUCCAUUUGAACGCGGGGAGACAACUCUUGUAAUGCCCAUUGUCUUGCACCAUCUCACUCCGACCUAUGUCUCCAUUGUCGGCAUUGGAUGUGUCGCUACCGCGGUGAUGUCAUCGACUGAUUCUGGCUUGCUUGCUGCAGCUUCCAUCUUCACCUCCAACAUCUAUAAGAGCCUCCUGAGGACCCAGGCUUCAGAGAGAGAGAUCCAGUGGGUGAUUCGUGGCUGUGUGGUGGUAGCAGGCGUGAUCAGCACAUCUCUCACCAGUCUCGAAAACAACAUAUAUGUGUUAUGGUUUCUUAGCACAUUGAUAACCUACAUUGUUAUCUUCCCUCAACUAGUCUGUGUUCUCUUCUUCAAAAUCUCCAACGGUUAUGGGGCUGUUAUGGGCAUGCUGGUGGGUCUGCUGUUAAGACUGUUGAGUGGAGAGCCGAUGAUUGGGCUACCGCCCAUCAUCCAUUUCCCAGCAUGCACCCUAGAAGACGGUGUUUAUGUCCAACGCUCUCCAGUGAACACCAUCUGCAUGGUGUCCGUCGUGGCCGCCAACCUUUUGUUUUCGUACUUGUUUUCUCUGCUCAUCCAGAAAAACUUGCUUCCAGAGAAAUGGGAUACGUUGAACAUUCAAUGCAAACAGUUGCCAAAACAGCAGACGCCAACAAAGGCCGUAAAAGACACCAUCAUAUGAGACAAUGAUGGGUAAGAGCCUAUGAUGAGUCCAGGGUAUUAAAAAAAGGCAAAACCUCCCUGGCCACGGAGGCUAUCAAAGGCCUUUUUUCAUGACCUUUGAUAGUAAAGAAGUCGUCAGGAGAGAGAGAGAGCGAGAUAGAUAUACAACAGUGUUUGCCAGCUGGAAUCGGUUUUUGUUUUUUCUCUCUUCAUUGUUGUCUGAUAUUUUUCUGAAAAAAUAAAUAUACUCCCAAAGUCUAAA